GCUUAAUAUAAUUAGCUCUCAAUAUCUGAAGAACUUAUCCCAAGUGCCAUGGGAUCCUCCUUGAGUGCUUGCUGUAGUUCAGAGAAGGUAGAUGAAGAAAGGGCUACUCGUGAAAUUGGCGGAGGUCAAGCGUCAUGGAGAAUAUUUUCGUACAAGGAAUUGCAGACGGCUACCAAUGGUUUUAGUGAUGACAAUCUGCUUGGAGAAGGAGGGUUUGGAAGUGUCUAUUGGGGCAAAACCAGUGAUGGUCUCCAGAUUGCUGUGAAGAAGUUGAAAGCAAUGAAUUCAAAAGCUGAAAUGGAAUUUGCAGUUGAGGUUGAAGUUCUUGGAAGGGUUAGGCACAAGAAUUUGUUGGGGCUUAGGGGCUAUUAUGCUGGCGCUGAUCAGAGGCUUAUAGUCUAUGAUUACAUGCCAAAUCUUAGCUUACUUUCUCAUUUGCAUGGCCAAUUUGCAAGCGAAGUUCAGCUGGAUUGGAAAAGGAGAAUGAAGGUUGCUAUUGGCUCAGCUGAAGGCCUCCUGUACUUGCACCAUGAGGUCACCCCACACAUCAUUCAUAGAGACAUAAAGGCAAGCAAUGUGCUCUUGGAUUCAGAUUUCGAGCCACUAGUUGCAGAUUUUGGGUUUGCCAAGCUAAUCCCAGAAGGUGUAAGCCACAUGACAACACGAGUCAAGGGCACAUUAGGUUACCUAGCCCCUGAAUAUGCCAUGUGGGGAAAAGUCUCUGAGAGCUGUGAUGUGUACAGCUUUGGGAUUCUUCUUUUAGAGCUUGUGACUGGAAGAAAGCCCAUUGAGAAGCUCCCUGGUGGAGUGAAGAGGACAAUAACUGAGUGGGCUGAGCCACUCAUAACCAAAGGGAAGCUCAAGGAACUUGCUGACCCAAAACUCAGAGGAAACUUUGAUGAAGCCCAAUUGAAGCAAGCCAUCAAUGUUGCUGCCCUAUGUGUGAAAAGUGAGCCUGAGAAAAGGCCUAAGAUGAAGGAAGUGGUUGAUAUUUUAAAAGGGUAUGAGGCUAAGGCCAGAUUGACACCUUUGAGAAUGGAAAGUGUGAGAUAUAAGGAGGAGCUUCUGGCACUUGACCAAGCUAGUGAUGAGGAGGGAGAUGGAGAGGCUGAUGAAAGCAAUAAUGGUUAUGGUGUUUUUAGUGCUAUAGAGGUUCAGAAAAUGCAGGAUCCUUACAAGGUCCUUGGAGAGAGGAGAACGGCUAAAUACAGGUGAGGGAAAUAGGCCAUUUUAUUGUGCUCCAUAUAUAUAGCUCUGGAUUGUCAAUAUAAGCUGUAAGUGUGUUCCAUAACAAGUGAAAUUGGUUUGAGAUGCAAAUUUGAA